AUGAUUACUGGCGGUAACUGUCUCACUGCGCCCUCCCCCCACUCUUCACUGCGCCCUCCUUUCCCCCUUCACUGCGCAUUCCCCCCCCAUUCUGCGUCCUCUGCCCUUCACGCCCCCUUCCUCUCUGGGCACUCCCCCUUUCACGCGCGCACGAACCCUCCCUCCCCCGCCCCCGCCCCUCACUGGGUCGCAGGAUUCGAUUCAGCUCCGGCUAGACUGGCCAUACAAAACCCCUCCCGCUCCCCCUCCCGCUCCCCCUCCCGCUCCCCCUCCCGCUCCCCCUCCCGCUCCCCCUCCCCCUCCCCUCAUUUGGUAGCAGGAUUCGCUCCCGCUCAAACAAAUCUGCGUACAGCCCACGUGGCAUGGGCUGCUCCAAUCGUAUCGUGA